AGCAGAGAGAGCUCCGGGGUAGAGAGGAAGGGAAGUAAGAGCCGGGGAGCAGAAACUUCCUUGUUCACGCUCUCUGGUGCCUUGCUCUGCAGACUUCCUCUGGCCUCAGUCACUUCCUUCUGCACCGGGAGCGAGCAGCAGCAGCGAGCAGCAGCGGCGGCCGCCCCCAGCCGAGAAACACCCGGCUCAGCGCGCACCCCCCGCCGCCCCGAGAUAUGAGCCACGGUUGCUGAAGUGGAGCCCAGGGAACGUGAGCCGGGAUGCAGAGCAUAAAGUGCGUGGUGGUGGGUGAUGGGGCGGUGGGGAAGACCUGCCUCUUGAUCUGCUACACCACCAAUGCCUUCCCCAAGGAGUACAUCCCCACCGUCUUCGACAACUACAGCGCCCAGAACACAGUGGACGGCAGGACUAUUAACUUAAAUCUGUGGGACACGGCAGGCCAGGAGGAGUACGACCGGCUCCGGACGCUUUCCUACCCCCAGACUAACGUCUUCAUCAUCUGCUUCUCCAUAGCCAGCCCGUCCUCCUACGAGAACGUGAAACACAAGUGGUACCCGGAGGUCUGCCACCACUGCCCCAACGUGCCCAUCCUCCUCGUGGGGACGAAGAAGGAUCUGAGAAACAAUCCCGACACCAUAAAGAAGCUAAAGGAGCAGAACCAGAUGCCCGUCACCACCCAGCAGGGGGUCAACCUCUCCAAGCAGAUCCACGCCGUCAAGUACAUGGAGUGCUCCGCCCUCAACCAGGAAGGCAUCAAGGAGGUCUUCACGGAGGCCGUGCGAGCUGUCCUCAACCCUGCCCCAGUGAAACCUAAAAAGCCCUGCAUCCUUUUGUGAAGAGGACUCCAGAAACCAAAGCGUGCAGCUGGGCUUGGUGGCCGCUUGGGGUGGGGGAGGGUGCCUUAGAACCCAGAGACGAUCCUGCCCUUGUCCCUCUGCUCCCAGUGAAGCUAGUAUGUACAGCCCUUCUCUCUCCAGAUGCUUCCCAGCUGUCUGACCCAGGACACGGCAAGGGACAUCCUGCCUCCAUUGUACCCAGCAUGCCCCAACCCCACUCCCCAAGCCUUGCAUCCUUCCAGUGAAGGUGCAAUUGGACAGCUGGAUGCCACGAAACCAAGGCUGUUCUCGAUAAUAAUAAACCACGUUUGCACUAAUACGUAGAUUGUCUUGGAUCACAUUUUUUGGGGGGAGGGGUAACCCUGAUAUGUCAUUAGAUGGUUUCCCCUCCCCUUUGAUGUGACCCCAAGGUGUCCCUGGUCCCAUCAUGUUCUUGGGACCUGGGUACGUAGCUCACUUGGGGAUGAAUGGCUUCUACUUCUUGGUCAGCCAUUCAGAUGGCCACUAAAAUGAAAUCGCUGCACUGCAAACCCCUGUCCUGAGAAGCGAGUGCUCGGACGGCAUCUGCAACCACUUGUGCCACCUCCUUGGCCUUUGGUCCUCCAAACCCAUCAGUUACAGGGAUGGAAGGAAACCAGGAACCUUACUCAGUGCUAAAACACGCCCGCCCUCCAGGAGCGGUGGCUGCUUUGGUUGUUUGAUGGGCCACUGAGCCAUCCUGCACAGCCGACAGAACUGGAGUAAUUGCUGAAUUACAGGUUGAAGUUCAUCAGCUGCCAAAGAAGCAAGUGCCUUGGGGUCCCUUUGUCACAUUGAAGACCUGCUAGUGUUUCCACGGGAUUGACUUUUGAUUUGCCGGGCGAAGGAAACUAUAGAAACUUUUUCUGAUUGUCUUCUCCUGGCUUCCUCAACAUUCCUUCUUCUCUGAGUCCCACACAGCCCUUCGCUGAUAGAGACCACCUGGCCACACGGCAUGUUUGGAAAGGCUACCCCUGCAUGAAGAUGCAUUUGACAAAUCCCACCUGUUUACAAAGAGAAGGCAUUUGUGCUUACAGGGGGGCGGGGCCUGUACUUCUGUUUUUUUUUCUAUGGAGUUUUUGUGUUCUGAGAUGGCCCCAUUUGCAGAGCCACAUUUACAGAGCCGGAGGCUAUGACCGCGCUGGCUACACACAUCCUCUUCCACGGCUAGAAUAAGGCGGCCUGCACCUCCCCACGCGGGUCACCUCUUUACAAAGAGCACCACGCUUUGCAGAGCACAGGUGCAUUUUGCUGCUUGCAUUGAGAUCAUGGACCGGUUCCUCCUUCCGCACCCAGCCACCUCUUUUAACAAGACCACGUGUCUUCUUCCUGGGGACCAGACCUGCCCAAACUGCUUCAGAAACUGCCUACUCUACUGGUCUCCUGCUUAAUGAGCUACAGCCUAGUCACCUAGUGUUUAUUUGAAAUGGGCAGUGCUGUGAAGACCACGUGCCCAGCAGGGUGAUCUUGAAGACUUCAGUGAAGGCCUUCAGGGAAGUGUCUCUCCUCCUUCUUGUCCUGUUUCCCUCAGCUGCCCUUUGACUCCUGCUGCAUCACAGCACAGCUUGUCCCAACUGAAACCUCUGCACAGUACAGCCUGAAUCAUGGUGCUUGGUCCUGCCCUGCGUGCAUGGGACUGGACUAGAAGACCUUGCGAGGUCCCUUCCAGUCCUACCAUCCUAUAUUUCUAUGAUCAUCUCGCUGCUCCACGUUCUGAUUCAAGCUCAGCAUUCAGACCUGGCCCCUUGUUCCAGCAGAGGCAAAGAAUUGUCACCAAAUGUCGCUAAAAGGAAAAGAGCCUCAGAGAGGUUGGAAGGGGGUUCAGUUUCAUCCCACUGAUAUUAAAUGGCAUGGUAGCAAAAGGCAGAGUGGAGGUGAUUUUCUUUUUUGGAGAUUGCAACAGAACGCUGGGAAGAGGGAACAGCUCGUGGGACAGCCUGGAACUCCAUGGGUCUCUCUAGGCACCAGGGUCUGUCUCCCCUCAUCCCUCCCACCACAUCUUUCUUGCCUUUGCAAGGCUCACAGCUGACUGCCUGACCAGGGCGGGUGGAGGGGGCAGCGCAGCUCGUUGGCCCCGGUGAUGGCUGAAUAAAGAUGCAAGAAAUUACUGGCCAGCAGCAUGUCCCGUGAGAUCCUGACCGGGAGGGCCUGGCCCCUUUAGUUAGUGAGGUCAGAUAAGGAAGCUGAGACCAGUGGGAAUGUCCUGCGAUGGCAGGGAAGCACUAUCAAAAUGCAAGCGGUCUGCUCCCUCUUUCACCCGGGGUCAAGCAGCCGCUGUGAGCCGAGGGCUCCCGUCCUGCUAGGCUGCAGCCCUCUCCGUUGAAUGCAGAGGAGAGGUUCUGGUGGAAGGGUGUUCAUUGCACGUGCCACACGGAGAAUUCGAGUGGUGCUGGCGGUGGGUUUCCACUAAAUUUCUGCCCCCUUUCGUAGCGCGAAGCGGCGAAUAAUUAGCCCCAUCCAGCUAACGCAGCACUGACGAGCAUCCGGCGGGCUUAGCCAGCCUUGCCAUCGAUAGCGGCUGGAGGCCUGGGCGGUGUUAUCUGUGCUGAGCCCGAUUCAGCCAUGGAUGUUAAUGACGUUCCAGCAGGGGUGCAGCUGGCACAAUGGGCCGUUCUCCUUUCACUGCAGAUUCCAGAGGCUGGGGCCCCUGGUUCAAAUCCCUGGGCAGGUCUUCCCAGAAACCAGCGUUUGCUCUGAACCCAUCUCAGUAAACGUCUUCCACCACGAAGGGUGAGGUGCUGCCGAGGAAACCUCCAUCUCUCUCUCCAGGCAGACUGCUGGUGGGACCCAAAGACUUUGCGUGUGACCGCGAUGAGUCAGCGCACAGAGCGAUAACUUCAGAAGAGAAAGUAGCUCGUAACAGGUCAGCGCUGGGCUUAGAAUGCCAGCCUUCUGCUCCACCCCUGGAGAACGCGCCCCUAGGGUGACCACAUGUCCUGAUUUUAUAGGGACUGUCCCGAUAUUCGGGGCUUCGACUUAUAUAGGUGCCUAUUACCCCCACCCCCGUCCCGAUUUUUCACACUUGCUGUCUGGUCACCCUAGCGCCCCCUGAGCUAAAGGAGAAUCCAGGUUAGCAGGCUGAGAAUCGGCGCUCGUGUGCUCCGUAGGCUGCAGCCUCUAGGGGGUGACAUGGCCAAAGAUGCUUGAGCAGGUCCCAGGCCACCCAGCAGAGGGGCGAUGGCAGGGCAGAUACAAUCCGCGCACCGCACAGCAUAUAGAGUAGCCGACAGGUCCCAGGAAAUUAGUCCCAGCAAGGUGGACAUCGCCUCUGUGGGAGCUGCCUUUGCUGGCUAACAUACCAGUGUGAAAGGCAAGUGCGAGCUUUGAGCUGGGGGAGCCGAGGAAAGGAGCUGACUCGCGAAAGCAAUCUAACAUAUGGCGUAUACAACCCAGCCGGCUGCAAUUUCUAUGGGGGGGCUGGGAGCAAAGCCCCGUUCCGGUCCCAGCGCCCUCGCUGGUUUUCCCGCCGGCUCCCGCAAUCCACUGCCACCUCUUUAUUUCUGCUGACGUGUCUUUGAGGGCAAUUCUGUCUCUGUUUUUAAUACUUUUGUGAAACCGGAGCCUGGGUUGUAAACGAAUCCCGCGUUGCACGGAGAAGAGAGUUGGGUCCUGUGGGAUCUGCUUAUUAAAAAGGAACUAGAAACAAUAGGGACUUACUGCCAGGAGGUCCUCGCGGAGUUGCUUUAAUAAAUAGAAUAUGUCAAGGC